AUGGCGAAAAUCGAAACUCGGUCGCCCGUGGUGUCCGCAUGGGAACGGCAUGAAUAUCUUCAGAAUGCUGGAACCCGGGGUGAGUUGGUGCAAUGCCCCAAGCCCGACAAAAUAUGUAGGCGUGAUGUGCUGAACAAUGCCGAUGUUCUGGGCCCUUUGAUUGAACACAUUGGUGUUAGACCUUCGGUUCAUGAAGUUCAGCCCCAUGUGGAAGAGUUCUUUUUUCGGAAUCGUACGCAGGCGAAAGCACAAUCGUGGGCACUACGCCGAUUGAUCUCGGUCUUCUCUAGGACCGUCAAACGGCCCCAUGUGCCACGUGAGCCAGCAAUGCGGGCUUUGUACUUGGUGGCAGGGGUGCCAUUACCUGAAGGUGCAGACCCAGAGAUCGAGCACCCGAAUCCAGCAGGGGAAGCUGCCAGUCCUGGUGAUGAUGUUGGUGAAGAUGAAGAGGGAUGGGGAGAUGAGAUGGAAGAAGAGGGGUGUGAGGAAGAAGAUCUGGACAAUGAUUGUGAGAUUGAUCCAGACACCGGCGCUGAAUUACCCAACGCAGAAGCUCCUGCCGCAGAUUUUCCAGUGAGCUCAGGACCCUCAUCCUCCUCCACUGGUGAUGUGAGCCGCCCGGGACCAUUUGUUUCCUACACUGCCCCGGCCGAGACGACUGAGAUCCCUAUGGUCCCAGCUAUUGCCCCAUGUGCCAAAGAGGGUUCUAUGGAAGAGCCCAGUGUAGCGAAUGACCCAGCCAAUGUGCCACCUACUGAAUCUACUGGGGUUGACUCAAAAGUUGAUGAGAAGGACAUGUUGGAUGCUGAGGAGAAAAAAUUGCAGACCCUUUUGGCACUCCGUGAGGCACAGUACAGGUUGGAGUCACUCAAGGCCAUGCGAGGCAGUCCUGCGUCUUCGUCUCCAUCACUGUCGCCGGCAGGUUCCGUGGACAACAUGGACACGCUCCCUAUGGAUGAGGAAAUGGAGUUCGGAAAUAUGCGCUUGGCUUCCCCUUCUGGUGAGAAGGUCCAGGUCUUCAGCCCACCAGAGGGUGGCAAGUGCCACGCUGCCCCCGCCGUGUCUGAGGGCACCCACACAUCUCGGGCAGCCACGCCUGAGGUUGGCAACUCUGUUGGGUCCAACAUGAUUGAUGAGCCCUCUACAAGUCACGUUGAAGUUCCCAAGUCUGAAGAGGCCCAGCAUCCCCGAGAAAGCGGUAUCACCAUGUUGAAUUCCAUUCUACUUGCCAAGGGUACUCCAAAAGAAAUUGCCCAGGGCUAUUUUGAUAGGAUGAAUACCGAGAGUGUGACAGCAGUGUGCCCAGAUGAUCGAAAGAUUAAAGCAAGUAGCUCAAAAAAAAUGAGGAACAUGACUAAACAACGAAGUGCUGAAAGUGACCAUGAGGACAUGAAAGAUACACCACGGGGCCCGCUGCAGGCUGCAGCCCCUGCUUUGGAGAAGAAGGAUCCAAGCCCGCUUUCUUCACAAGGAGCAGAUUCCGCCAGAGCUGAAGCCAUACCAAAGGCCGAAGCACCCGCCACCAGCAAGACAGAAGAUGUAAGCCAGGCAGACAAGAUGCAGGAGAAUGGCAAGAAACCAGAGACAAGAGAUUCGGUGCCAAAGGCCAAGACGAGCAGAAGGAAAGACAAACCCAAGGGAAAAGAGGUGGACAAGAGCAAGGCAGAGGAUAUCCUACCAGAUCAGCCCAAGCCUGAGAACACAGUUUCCACCGGUUUGAAGAGAGCAAAGCACGUAGAGCUAGAGAAUGGACAGCUUGCCACAGUUCCUGGCAAGCGCCGGGUUGAAGCUUCAACCCGUGAUUUGAAGAAGGCAAAGAAAGAAGAGGAGAUUGAGCACCGCAAGACUCAAGAUUCCGCCCCAGCUGAAGCCGUACCAAAGGCUGAAGCACCCGCUGCCAAGACAAAAGACGAGCACCAGACAGACAAGAUGAUGGCUGAAGAGUCAGAGAAGAAGGAGGAAAGCCUUCCCCGAAAGAACUUGGAGAAAGAUUUUGAGAAGUCCGAGAAGGAGGCAGAGGUUCUUGCGAAGAGGCCAGAGGUUCUGGAUACCCUCUUGCCAGUGUCGCCCACUGAGCAAGCUGCUGGCCAACGUGACAUCAGCACUGCGGGCCCCGGGGAAAGCAAGAAUGGGCAUGUCGCAAAGGCAGCUCCCAAGGCGAAAGCCACAGCACAGAGCAAGGCCAAGGCCAAGGCAAAGUCUAAGGCCGUGGUAAAGACAAAGGGCAAGGCAUCUCCCAAGAAACGGGGCAGGAAACCCAAUGCUGAUACCCAUGGCAAAAAGGCAAAGGCUGCUGAGGGGGGGGCACCCAUGAACCCGGAUGGUGGUGAUGAUGGUGACCGUGGCUCUGAUGAUGGCAAGCCCCACCUGACCCCGGAACAGAUUGCCAUUCGAGCCCGCAAUUCCCGCAAGAGCUCGGCCUACCACAGGGCAUACAAGGCAGCUUUGAAGCAGGGGAUGGAAGAAGCAGGCGUGAGUGAUUCCUUCUAUCUUCGAUUGCAUCCAAAUGGCCUGGGCAGCCCGAGCUCUGUUUCAAGGUACCAGAAAGGCUAUGCUUGUGCUAGCUACGACAAGGACUAUGCUACCGCUGGGCACCGCCAGUCUUGUAUGAACUAUCUCGAGCCUUCGGGGUAUGUGCUUGCCCUUCUGGUGGCGAUGGCUAUGGUCCCGGCGGGGCUUGUUCUGCUGGCUCCUGAUUGCGGGAGUUGGGGCAUCCCCGCACGCUACACUUCUAUGAGAACAUAUCAUAACGCCAUGGGAUGCCCUCAAAGGGAAUUUGUUGAUCGAGGCAAUGUCAUGAUAUCGAGGACAGUGGCUUUGCUGAUGGUACUUAUUGCUUCCAACUGCUUGUGGAUACUAGAGAAUCCUCGUCAAAGUCUGUUGGUGCGCCAUUUUCGCUUUGAAUACCUUUGCAAUUCCAUUGCAUAUGUCUAUCGCGGAGAUUUUUGGAUGCAGCUUCUAGGUGGGGCUUGCCCCAAGCGCACCUCCAUAUGGUCCAAUUGCCGGGAGUUGGCGGGUUGCUUGGACCUGGGCCGGCUGACCAAAGAGAAGAGGGAUGGCAAGCAGCUCGAAACAACCCGUCGCUAUCGAGAUGGCAAUGGAUUGUCUCGAUUCCAGGGAGUGAAACCGAACUUAAAGAAAGCCCAGAUUUACCCUGUGGGUAUGGGACGACGAAUUGAAGAAGCUUAUCGGGGUUUACAAGCAGCGGUUUUCCCAGACCUCAGGAGGAAGUGGGCUGUGGAUCUGAAAUUGUCAGACCGGGAGCUCUUCGAAAAGUACCCUAUGCAGGAUCUUUUCCUAGAUGGGAAGCUCCACGAAUGCUUCUUCUACGUCUAUAAUCAUGAAGCUUUGAGAGUUCCUGAUUCCUGGGUUGAUACUAUGGCCACUUUCCACAGAGAGCUUAAGGUAGCCGUUACUUAG